CAUCCUGCUUAUGUAUAGCUAGACUAUCUUUCUUUGUCAGAACAAGUAAGUCAGAUAAACUCCUCCAGAGUGUAAGUUGAUGAGCUCCUCCUCUCCUCCGCCCCCGCGAGUCCCCUUAAAUUCCUCAUGCCUGGCAUCAGGUUCCCGGGGGAGAGGAGGCGGAGAGUUGGCCACCAACUCUGUAACACAAGUAACUAACAGUAAGCAGACAAGGUCGGUCUAACCGGGAAACAAGUCUGUUACCGAAACUUGAGAGAGGAGCGGCGCUCUGGCUCUAAUUAAGGCAGCACUGACCGGCUUUCGGCGGAAUGACAGGCCGGCGUGAACCAUGACCGCCGGGAAUCCGGUGCUGUCUUACACACAGUGAGUGAUAUCACAAGAGGAGCGGCCUGUGCCUGAGCACGUCACUGUGUUUAACCCCCGGCAGCAGAAGCAGCUACAGGUCUACUGUGAUGGCCUUCAGGCUGACUAGAGUCAUCGGCGGGCCGGAGCCCAACAGGUCCACCGUGAGCCGGGCCACGGCUAUAGCCGAGCAGCUGAGCCAGGAGUGCUCCAUCCUACUCGAGCUCUAUAGGAAGAAGGAAAGUCUCACCACAGAUGUUUUGAUGGAUGAUGGUCGUCUGGUGUCCGUCCCUCCUACUUCCUCCCAGCUGGACAUCAGGGACACGCUCUGGUGUCUCCACUCUGCUCUGCUACAGUGCCGCAGCUUGCUGGAGAGAGCCAUCGCCAGAGAGGAGGAGGAGCUGGGUGGUGGGAAGAAGGGCGAUUAUGAGACGCAGAGGAAAAUGGUGAAGGAGAGACUCUCCCUGCUCUUAAGCAAUGUAGGAGAACUCCUCAAAGCUGUAGAUGGUGCGCCGGUCCUGAGUCCCAGUUUGGAGGGACUGGAGUUAAACGGACCAACCAUUUUGUUUGAGCUGAAGCUUUGGGUUUAUCGGAUCUUCAAAGAGGUGGACUACUGGACCAAGACGACCAUUACCACCUUGCAAGGCCUACCUUCAGUGAUGGCCAAGGAGCACACGAGGACCGCGCGGGUCAGGAGCACGAGAAGCACUCGUAGAUGAGAGUGAUAUUUGAGAGACAAAAGGUUAAGCGAUGGAGAGGUAAGAGGUCGAAGGGAUUUAGGGUGAUCAAGAGAGAUGCACAGAUCUCCACUGACGCAGGGCGAUGUGUGUGUUAGGCUAUUUUUUAGGGCAUGAAGCCUCACCUACAGAAACUGUCUCUAACUACGUUCAUCAAAGCUUAUAACAACUAGUGUAUUUCACUCUAAGUCUAAUACAUCUAUGUAUUUAUUGAUAACAGUGGAGUAUCUUACUCAUAGAUACAGUUUCUUUCUUUCUCAUUGACAUGAAAACGUUUAACUCAGACUUGUGUGUUAAGUGAGUUAUUAAUUAUUCAGAUAAACAGCCAGGCUGCACUGCAGCUGGGAGAGGAAAUGAGCAAAUAUGAAUUUGUACAAUCGCCACACUGUAGCUAUGUAGUGUUUGGCUUCAAUCAUUCUACAUAGAUGGCAGGUUCAGUGUAUGAGGGAAAACAUAUGCAACAGCGCCAUCCAGUGUUUAUUUGUUGCUAUUGCAUAUAUUUAUUCCUUUUUCCCUCCUAUUUUGAUUUGCACUGGUAAUGCUGUUUAUGUCAGAACAUGCUGUAUUGUAUUGGUUUUAAUAUACUGUACGAGUCAUUUUGUUGGAAAUUAAUCCGCGUAAAGUAACGUGACAGAGUUUAGGUACAAGUGCAACAUCAGUGGUGCAAACUCAUGGACACAUAAAUAGGGAGUGUUGUGGAAAUAUUGUUUCCAUAGUAAAACUAAGCAAAGCAAAUGUGAUAGUAUGUCGUUUCUGAAACAAGAACAAAAGAUUUCAGGAAGACAUCAGGAAGCAGUGUGGGAUCAUGGGAAUUGUUCUCUCGUUUGGUUGCCCACCAGCAUUCGGCAAUGAAUGAAAAAACCCACAUAGAAUAAAACCGAAAAAUGUAAGACAACGCUCUGGCUAACUCACCCCGAUGUUUCAUAGGGUGUUUGACACUGAAGAUUUAACAGAGGUGGAAAUAUCAUGAAAAGGUAAACAACAUUAAACAGGGAAGAAAGAAAGAAAUUUUUUUUGCCAUGAUGAGAUUCAUCUCGAUAUGUGUACUUCAGUAUGUCGAGAUUAAACUCGAGAAUUAAGUUAGAAAGUUUAAUCUCAACAUGUCCAUCACAGAGAGCGACCGCUCCACCGAAGCUGCCACUGAAUCCAGAUUCAACAAAACGCCACACAGUGUGGUAAUUAGAUGUUGAAAAGGUUGUGCCCAAGAGUUCUGUCUGUUCAGAAGGAGAAAAAUCAUUCAACCUUGGAGCAAGUGGGCACAUUCUUGCUGAAAGAAAAAGCUGGAAAUGGGCAGAUGCAAGGACAUCGAUAUCGAUAUUGUGCAAUACAAAGAGAGGUUAUGUUGUAUCCCAAGAUACAAUUGAUUAAGUUGCUUGAUCCUGAGGGUGUGGAGCACAGGCGUGCACAGCGUCUGAGACGCACGCAUUACCACAGCAAAGGCCCCAGAAUACAGUUGGAUCAUCAUGUCGAGAUUUAACUUAAAUCUCGACAUGAUAUUCCAACUUUAUUCUCGAAGAUGUCAAGUUAAAUCUCGACAUGUCGAGAUUAAAGUAGACAUGUAGAGUUUAAUCUCGUUAUGGCAAAAACCUUUUUUUUUUUCGUCAUGCGUUGCCCUGACAUCUGACAGCUCAGUGAGAGCAACACAAAAACCACGUCCUUCAUCGCAAUAUGAGCAAAAGUUUGGAGACACACAUUUUAACUUGGUCCAAAUUCAGUCAACCUCAAAGUAAAUAUUUGUGUUUUUGUGAAACAUUAUUAACUUAAUUCAUCCUUCAGGCAGCUGCACUUUGCACUGCAACACACUGAAGUAGAGGAGUUGACCUGGAGUAGACUGGUUAAAGUGGGAUUGGGAAAUUGACCACCACCCCCGUUUCUUUCUUGCGCUGCUAAUUAAAUUAGCAUCAGCCAUAGAUUCGAAAAUGACUAAAAGCUUCUGGGCAAGAACGAGAUAAGAUACUGUGAAUGGUACAAUUUUAGUCCCUUUAAGACGACCAAUAAGCACAGAGCUGACAAACGUGGCAUUCUUUAGUAUGAGUGGAAUUUUUUGACUUAAGCUUUGUUUACAUUUCAUUUAUCUCCACUCAUCGGCCACCGUGUCUGAUACACAUGACACCUAAAUGUAAAGAGCCACGAGUGACACCUGGUGUGGUCUUCUGCUGCUGUAGCCCAUCUGCUUCAAUGUUCGACACAUUGUGAAAUCAGAGAUGAUCCUCCGCAUACCUUAGUUUUGACGUGUGGUCAUUUGAGUUACUGUCGUAUUUCUUUCAUCUCAAACCAGUCUGCUUGUUCUCCCCUAACGUCUGGCAUCAGUAAGGCAUUUUUUACCCAGAGAACUGCUGGUCACUGGAUGUCUUCUCUUUACACCCUAGAGAUGGUUGUGUGUGAAAAUCUCAGUAGAUCAGCAGUAGUUUAGACCCACUUUGCCUUGCAACAACAACUGUUUCAUGUUUAAAGUCACCUUUCCUUCCUGAUGCUCAGGGUUGUCUUGACCAUUUCUACAUACAGUUGCUGCUAUGUGAUAGGCUGAUAAGAUUUUUGCAAGCAGUUGACUAGGUGCACUUAAAGGUAGGGUUGGAGAAAACAGUUAGAGCAGUCUACAUUCUGAAUUCAAAAGUCCAAGUCCUUUUCUUCAGACUUCCCUCCGCAGCUAUGCCUCCAGAGCAGGGGAACACGGAUUCUCGAGCCCUGCGCAGCAUUGGUAACCUUCGGUACGUUUCGGUGGCGCUAACUUCUUUGGAUACGUUCAAUUGACAACGUGAUGCCGAAAAACAACAAAUACUCUCAAAAGAUCACAAAGACAUAAAGUUAACCUACCUGUCCAGUAGAAACGGGGCCACCAUGGCAUCACUUUGCAGCCCUUUCUGGGCUUUCAGUUGUCGCCACCAUUCUAACGCAGCACCGAUGUUCCCUCUGGUCUUGGAUCGCUCCACAUCAGCCUUUCUCUUGGCAGUAGCUUUCCC